CUUGCCACCCGCCCCUCUAAAAAUAUUGUAAACAAGAAAUCUCCAACGUUUAUUAACAUACUGUAUACUAGUAUAACAUGUGUCGUGUGUUUGAUCAAUCAUAUUCAUAGCAAGCAAACGAAAUCGUUAUACGGUCCGACAGCAAGUUCGAUAACUACUUCAACUUUGUAAAAUUAAGACGUUUUGGUAAUAGGCUAUGGGCUUGUAUGCAUACUUGUAUAGUUCAGCUGAUAGAAAAGAAACAAUUUACUAUUAUGAGUUUAGUCUGUUUCCUCCGGAGUAGCUAUACUGGUUGAUCCAGUUGUUGAUUCUAAACUAUUGACAGUUUUAUAAGAUUGUGCAAAUAGGUUGGCAGUUGCUAUUUGCUAGACUAUUACUUUUUAUUACCCACCACAAUUCACUUACACCAAAUGUGAAUUAAUCAAAUCCUCUUCCAUGGCGUCCCAUUCUCUGCCAUCAACCCAGAACUGGGUGAGGGAUGGACGGGGAGAAAGAGACAGCGGAGAAGGAUGACACAGAGCUGUCCGAAGAAGGGGCUGGACGCAGUCAUUUCCACGAGGACGACCAGGACCUACCCAUCAUGCACUGGGAGGACCUAAGUCUAAGGAUUGCAGAGCUGGAGAAACAGGAGGAGGAGAAGAGGGAGAGAGCAAAGAGUACAAGUGGGUCAGAACAGGGGAGUGUGUCAGGAGGCUGGGCAGAGGAGAGGCAGGGUGGGCUGUGGAGGAGGGAAGAAUGGGAGGAGCAGGAGGACUACGGAAGAUGUAGAGUCACAGUCGUCUCAUCUAGAAUCAACAACCACAAGAAUUUACAGUUAUGUUACAUCAACAACAGUGAGAGCGAUGAUGAUGAGGACGAGAGGGGGGCUGGCAAAAAGGGUUCUAUAGAGGCAGGUGGCCGUGGUUACCGUCCCUCUGGACUGAAGCUGGAGGUUAGAGCUGCACUGAGUGCGCUCAGAAACAAGUUGCUUGCAGAACAGAAUGAGAAAGAGCAUCUCACCUGCAGCAGCGUGAUCACUAAAAGGAAACAUCUGGAACGCUGUGACUUGGAAGUCUGCACAAUACAGCGACUCAACUCCCUCAGAACCUCCCUAAAUCACGACAUACAUGACCUGAGCUCAGAGUUGGUGGGUCAUCUGUUGGUAAGGGACCAGCUGAGGACCAAACAAGACGCUAUGCUCCUAGACGUACAGGAUCUGACAUAACCUUAACCCAUAGGAGCACAGGAUGUGACCUCCACUGCCAGGAACUUCUAGAAGUCAUUGUGAACAAUAGAGGAUUUUGUUAUCCUUUCCAGGAUAUGCCUCUUUCAGACUGUGUUGCCCUAGUAGCUUACUCAACAUACGAUUUUUCAUACAGGAAAACAUUUCAUGAAGGAUGAAAACUGAUAAGCAACAACUUGGACUGGUAUGAUGGAAUCUAGAUCACGCAGAUAGGAUAUGGAGGAUAUCUUCAUCUUGCAUUAUGCUUGAACAUCAUUUUCAUCAACAUCAUUAACUGGGAGAGUACUGUAUGAGAUCCUUUCAACCAACGCAUGCACUUAAAAAAAAUCAUAUCAGGAGUGUUUUUUGUGAUGUUUGAAAAAUCUUGGAUAUCUGAAGGUUUAUCUUAUCAAACGUGGAACCUUCACAGGCAUCGUUUGAUCAAGCCUUCAAUGAGUUAUAUCAUUUACCUACGGAAGAGGGAUUACAGCUUUUCCACAAGUUUUAUUGUGUAAACAUUGCAAUAUCCGUGAGUUACUAAUAUAAGGGAAAGUGUGAAACAAGCUAAGGAGUUACACUCAGGCUAAAAUGAACUAUCCUUUAAAAUUGGUUGAGAAGCUCCUUUGUUACUAAUUUAACAUAAUUAUCAUGUUUAUUAUUACUAUAAUGCAUUAUAAAAGGCAUUAUAAAAUGUAGUUGCUGAUGUCCACGUAUAGUACCAUGUAUAUGAGGUGAUUCUUAUGAGGAACAUUACUCUAAACUACCACCUGCAUAGGAAACCACAAUGCUGCUAUUCCAUUAAUUAUGUGUAGGCACAAGAUAUUUACCUGAAGAUACAGGCCCAGAGUCUUUCUUGUUCAGGUCACAUGGUCACUUCUUGUGCCUUAACCAGCCAGUACUAUGUCGCACUUUCACAUAAUCAUGUGUGUUGUAGAAUGAUGCAAAGAAUGAACUGUGAUAGGAGAUUCAUAGCCAUAAGAAAGGGAAGAGUGCUCUAAAGUACAGAGUAUUUCACUUUUUAAUCUGAAGUGUGUUUUGUUAUUGACUUUUUUCUUAAUCCUUUUGUAUUCAAUAAACUUUGUAAGGUAA